AUGGAUGUCUUGAACAGCAGCGAUGCGGCUUUGAGUUCGGAAACGCAAGAGGGGCAAGAUGAGGAGAUAUUUGGAAUUUUUCCGGUUGCUGCUUACAAUGCAACUUUCAUGUUUAACAAAACAAAUCGUUCCUGGGCGGGUCUGUUCAACCUCCUGGAUUUGGAUAAAGCCGAUUUUGUGGGAGAUGGAUCAGCUAUCCUAAGAAUAAUCAUAUCUGUAAUUUACUCAGUUGUUUGCGCUUUGGGGCUAAUAGGAAACAUCCUUGUCUUACACCUAAUGAAGUCUAAACAAGUCUGGAGGAAAUCCUCUAUCAACUUAUUUGUAACGAGCCUGGCCGUGACAGACUUCCAGUUCGUGCUGACCCUACCUUUUUGGGCUGUUGAGAACGCUUUGGAUUUCACCUGGCUGUUCGGAAAAGCCAUGUGCAAAAUUGUCUCCUAUGUGACAGCCAUGAAUAUGUACGCCAGUGUGUUUUUUCUCACUGCCAUGAGCGUGGCGCGGUACUGGUCCGUCGCUUCCGCCCUUAAAAGUAAGAGGCGCCGUCACUGCUGCUCCGCUAAGUGGAUGAGUAUUCUCAUUUGGGUCGCCGCUAUUAUCGCCGCACUGCCCCACGCAGUGUUCUCUACCACAGCCACUGUGUCUGGAGAGGAGCUCUGCCUGGUUAAGUUUCCAGACAACAGUGGCAACGCGCAGUUUUGGCUUGGACUUUAUCACGCGCAAAAAGUACUACUGGGUUUCGUCAUCCCGCUUGGGAUAAUCUCGGUGUGCUACUUGCUCCUUUUACGCUUCAUAACCACUAAAAAUGUUAACAACUCUAGCGCAAAAAGACGGUCAAAGGUGACCAAAUCCGUGACUAUUGUCGUCCUUUCGUUUUUUCUGUGCUGGUUGCCUAACCAGGCUUUGACAGCUUGGGGAAUUUUAAUCAAACUCAAUGUGGUCCACUUCAGUUAUGAAUACUACACCACUCAGGCAUAUAUAUUUCCGGUGUCAGUCUGUCUGGCGCAUUCAAACAGCUGCUUAAACCCAAUACUGUACUGUUUAAUGAGAAGAGAGUUUAGAAAAGCUUUGAAAAAACUCUUCUGGAAAAUCACCUCGCCUUCGGUCACAAACAUGCGACCCUUCACGGCAACGACUAAACCAGAACAAGACGAGCAAGGAAACCCUCUUGUUCAGCUGAGCCCAGCUGAGCCUGGACUGAUAUUCUACCCUCCUGGUGUUGUCAUGUAUCACGGCAGAAACGAUCUUCUCCCUAACAGCACGUAAAAAGCGGGCACAAAUGUGUUGCAUUCUUCACAAUCCCGUAAAGAUGUGCGCGCCUUUAGUAUUUUUUAUUUCAUUAAUAUUUAUGUAUCUUUAUUCUUACUUUCUUAUUUACUAUAUCAAGGCAUAACGACAUUUGAAGGUGUACGGAAGAAAGGUCACGAAGUUUAACUCGGUGUCCUUACUCCCGCACAAGUGUUAAUUGGCUAUAUAUCAGCGCGACAAUGGCAGGUAUGUUUUUCCAGCACUUGUAAAUGCUUUCAUUUGUCUUGUAGCCCAU